GGGGGGGGGGAGUAGACGAAAGUCGACUCGUCAAGCGACAGUUUCAAAGUUGGUUGGCUGCGCGUGCGCGCAAAGGAGGAAGAAGCCUCCCGCGAGCGUGCGCGUGCACAGAGAUGCUUGAUGGCCACGUCCCCUUGGAGACACACACACGCGCGCAACACACACACUCACACACACAAACACGUGAUGGGCUUUAGUGCGCGGCUUUAGAAACACACGGAGGAGGAAGAAGAGGAGAGGCCGACGUACUCGAACACACAACAAUCUUCAUCGAGUUUUUUGACUCGAGUGACUUGCGAGAGAGAAAGCGAGAGAGAGAGAGGAAGAGGAGGGGGAGGAAGAGGAGGGGGAGGGAGGAAGAGCACCAGGAGGAGGAGGAGAAGCCGGAGUAAAGUUUGUCCAAGUUUGCACAUCCCUUCGGAAACGCCAUUUUGAUUCGUCUCCUCUUCGGAUCAACUUUGCAGCCUCUCUGCCGUCAUUGCCUUCAUCUUCUUCCUCCUCAUCGUCAUCCUCCUCAUCGUCAUCCUCGGCCGCCACGAUGUCUCGGCGAAAGCAGCCCAACCCCAACAAAGUCCAACUGUGAGCAGCGGUCGCGGAGCCGCAUCCCAAAGAAGCAAGUGAGCCUUUCUCUGAAGACAUGGAAAACGCCACAGAGGAACAGGAAAGGGGAGGAGUCAACUCAGUGAUGAACGGUGAAGAGGUGGAGCCAGUGGAGGAGAGUAACAUCAAUAACAUCAAAGAUGCACCUGAGGGCGCCAAGGAGGAGGACAAGAGCCCACAGAGCCUCCAGAACGGCGAUAGAGGCGUCGGCGGUGGAGGAGACUUGUCCUCCAUCAACGCCAUGAUGUCAGCAGUGAUGUCAGCGACAGGCAACAUUAACGGAGGAGGCGACACAGGAAGUGAUGUCACUCCGGGACCCUCGCCCAGCCCCUCCCCCAGCAAGGUGCCCACGCCGUUGUUAGCCACGAGGGCGCCGCCGGGCCGCAACAUACGACGCAGCCAGGACGCCAAAGACGAUCACGCCACCCACGUGUGCCCGCUUUGCGACAAGAGCUGCCAGUCGCAGCAUCAGCUCACCAUGCACAUCAGACAGCACAAUGCCGACGCGGGCGCGACGGACCACUCGUGCAGCAUAUGCGGCAAAUGUUUGAGCUCAGCGUCGUCGUUGGAUCGCCACAUGCUGGUGCACAGUGGCGAAAGGCCCUACAAGUGCAGCGUCUGUGCGCAGACCUUCACCACCAACGGCAACAUGCACAGACACAUGAAGAUCCAUGAGAAGGACCCCGCCAGCGGCCUCCUUGCUCUCAGCCCGCCGUCGCCCACCAAGCGCCGCCGUCCGUCUGUCAAGCGCCGCCAAGGCCUGGAAGACGAGGGCGCCGACGAGCCGCCCGCCAAGAAGGCAACUGAGGACGCGACCUUGGAGGAGGGGGCGUCACUGCCGCCACAGAUGACACACAAGACGGCGGUGGGCGUGCGGGCCGGUGAUGACCGCGGACCACUUCCUUGCCCCAUCUGCUUCAAGACCUGCAGCGGGAGACUCGAGCUGGACGCGCACAUGGACACGCACCCCGACACCACGCUCAGGUGCGACUUGUGUUGUCUCUCGUUCCGCACCCACCGCGGCCUGUUGCGUCACAAUGCGGGCGUCCACAAGCUCCUUCCCCAAGACCCCAGCGGCCGACCGUUCAUCCAGAACAAUCCGUCCAUCCCGGCCGGCUUCAACGACCUGGCUUUCGUCGACUUCUCCUGCAAGAAGUUUGCCCGGGUGGCGCAGGUGUGGUGCGAGACCAACCUCCGGCGCUGCAUCAGCAGCUUUCACCGCUUCGUGUGCGAGACCUGCGACAGGGCCUUCCCGCUGCGCUCAGCCCUGGAGCUCCACAAGAGUGUCACCCACUCAGAUGUCCCGGCCCAGGAAGCAGCUGGAGCCGUGCAAAACGGCCUCCGGGAAGGCGAGGACGACGCCCAGGACGUCCCGCUUUCACCGCAGUCCCACUUCAUGGAGGCGCUGGGACUCCAGCACGUUUCCAAGGUGAAGCGCAUUCCCACAGAGGACGAGAUCCACCAGGCGCACUUGGAAAGCAUCAAAGUGAUCCAUGUGGAGCCCCAGGAGCCCGCCUUUCCGUCGGGAGCUCCGACAGUGAGCUUGGGCGGGCUGACAACGCUGCGCCUCCCCCUGCUGGAGCAGUCGGGCGGCACCGCUGCCACCGCGUCCACGCUGCAGGGUCUAUCGCAGCGGGAAGCACUCAGCCUGCUGUCCCUGCAGCCCUUCCAAGCAGGCUUCCUCCUUCAGCCCGACGGCGCUGCUGCCACCGCUGCCGUCAAACCGGGCGAAGUGGGCGGCGUGGUGGAGCUUGCCGACAUCCAGCAGAUCCUCAAAGUGGCCGCUGCCGCGCCCAAUCAAAUGGGGCUGGGCUUCCCCGCGUUGGCCAAAGGGCCGGGCUUCGCUGCGGGUCGAGGUCAAGUCCAGACCCAAAAGGCCAUGCCGCCCCUGAAAGCCAAGCCCCCCGUCACACCGCGCUCCAGUUUGACUGUGAGCACGCCGCCUCCGCUGCAGAGCUCCCAGCGGGCGUCACUGGGCUGCAUCAGUCCUGGCCUGCCGCCACCCGCGCCAGCUCUCUUCAAGACGACCUCCUCGUCCUCCCCACCGGCCGCCGCCACCGCCGCGCACGAAGACGCGGGAGUCGGCGGGAAGAAAGCGGCGGGCAAAGCGGCAGGCGUGGUCAACGCCGAGGCCGGCUCCGCCAAAGGCUCCUUCCCGUGCCGCUUCUGCGAUCAGGUCUUCUCCUUUUCGGGCGUCCUGCAGGCUCACAUGCGCUUCCACCUGGGGAUCCUGCCCCACCAGUGCAACAUCUGCGACUACGUGGCGCCCGACAAAGCCACGCUCAUUCGCCACCUGCGCACCCACAGCGGCGAGCGGCCCUACAUCUGCCGUGUCUGUCAUUACCCCUUCACCGUCAAGGCCAACUGCGAGCGACACCUCCGCAAGAAACACGGCAAGACGUCCAGGAAGGACAUUGAGAAAAACAUCAAGUGCGUCUUCUCCGCCGCAUCCAACAACCUAAGCGCCGCCGCCGCUGCCGCCGCAGUCUCGGCCCUCCCGCCCUCCGACGUCGAGAUGGGACACAGCGCUGCUGACGCCACUUGCCGCUACUGCGGCGAGGACCUGAAGACGUACCGGGCCCUGCAGAUCCACCUGCGAACACACAACGGCUGCCAGAGGAAACCUUUUGAGUGUCGGCGCUGCGGCGCCGCUUUCCUGGCCAAGCGCAACUGCAUCCACCAUCUUCUCAAGCAGCACCCCGAAGUCCAGGAGCGCGAGAUCGAAGAGCACAUCGCCACCAUGCGGCCCGCCGCCGACGUCAACGCGGUUCUCUCCUCAGACGGGCCUGCUCGGAUCCAGCCGGUCAAGACUGAGGACGUAACCGCCUAUCAUCAAGAUCUCGACCAGCCCCUGGAUUUCUCGGCCAAAGGGCGCAGCGGCGCUCACACGGCGUCCGUGGGCAUCAAAGUGGAGAGUGCGUCCCCCACAUUGGAGCGCCCCACCCCGGACACGUCCCUGGAGCAGCCCAUGGACCUGUCCGUUCCCAGCAAACGACUUCGGCGAGAAGUGGCCGAGCGGCCUCAGAUCAAGACGGAGCAAAUGGGCUGCGACGCGGCCGACGAAGACAAGACGGUGGCCGCCUCGCCUCUGGGGGUCUACCGUUUCCCCCCUGACUCCACCCCUCCCCCUGCCCCCCGCCCACAACGCCUCAAGCCACUCCUACCCAAGCCCGCCUCCUCCGUCAAGGAGCUCCCCCCUCUGGCGUCCAUCGCGCAGAUCAUCCACUCGGUGUCCGCCGCCCCCGACCUGCUGAAGAGGGAGGCGGAGGCCAAACCUCAGCCGACGUCCGAAUCGCCCUCGGACCCUCCGGGCAACGCCGUCCUCCUGGAGUCGCCGGGUGAUGACAGUGCCAGGAAGAGGAACCGCAAAAAGAAUGGCAAGGAGGCGAGCGUGCUAGACGUGGACUUGGAGUCCAGCGGUGAGUUGGCCAGCGUGGAGAAGAUGCUCGCCAACACCGACGCCAACAAGUUCACCAACUUCCUGCAGACCGGUGCCAACCAACUCGCACCAAAGACUGCCCCCAGAGACGGCGAGCGAGCUGGAGGAGGCGCCGACAAGGAGGCGGGACCACGAGAGGAAGCCAAGACGGCGGCGUUGCUUCCUCAGUCCAAAGGCAAGAAGAACGCCUACUCCAACUCGGUGCAAAAGAUGACGUGCCCCUUCUGCCCUCGCGUCUUCCCGUGGGCCAGCUCGCUGCAGAGGCACAUGCUCACGCAUACCGGCCAGAAGCCGUUCCCGUGCCCGCGCUGCGACGCUUUCUUCUCCACCAAGUCCAACUGCGAGCGCCACCUGCUGCGGAAGCACGGUGUCACCAAUCGCACGCUAAGGCGCAAUGGCAUCUUUGCCAAGAAAGAAAGUGACGAGGGCUCGCACGAAAGUGCCGAGAGUCAGUCUGACGUCGAGCAGCUGGCCAGUGACUCGUCACCACUCGGCCACACACCUCCCGCCGCCCUCAAAGACACGCCCUCUGAGCAGAAGGAGGAAGAGCCCACGCCACUGAGCACCGCCCACAAGGCCAGCCCGGUCGAGUCGAGCCCUGAGCAAGGUCCUGAGCUUGCGCACCAGCAGGGAUCAGCAGAGACCUCGACUGAUGCAUCCAAGCAAGCUUCGCCCAGCACCAAGUGCGAUCACGACGACGACGAUGACUGUCACAGCAACAAAAGUUUGGACUUGAACUUUGGCUCCAAGCUGAUCGACUUCAAACUGUCAAACUCGGCCCCCGGUCCUGCCCCCACCCCGGGCUCCGCCCCUCAGGAAGAAGCCACCGCCGACCCCCCGGCGGACACAACGGACGCUCCUUCGGCCGCCGCCAAGCCUCAGCCGGAAUGGAAGCACAUCUGCCGAGUGUGCCGGAAAAGUUUUCGCUACGCCACCACUCUCGCUCGCCACGAGAGGGCGCACCUGAGCCUGGAGGCGCCCCACGAGGAGAAUCGAACCGCGGCGGCCACGGAGGUCGACGAGGAGAAACGCGAGGAGGAGCCCGAGAGCCAAGAGGACGAGGAGGAUGGCAGAGGAGCGGCGAGGCCCGGUGAAAGCGAUGCCCCGGAAAGUGAUUACGAUCUCGACGAGGACGACGGCGAGCGUACGGACGACGAGCGUGAUGACGCCAAAAGCCCAGAGGGCGGAGAAUCGGCCACUGCAGACGCCGCCACUGGCGUUGUGGACAAACGCAAGAAGAAGACGUGCGAUGUGUGCGCCAAACGAUUCUGGUCGCUGCAGGACCUCACCAGACACAUGCGGUCGCACACCGGUGAGCGGCCUUACCGCUGCGCCACGUGUGACCGCACGUUCACGCUCAAGCACAGCCUGGUUCGCCACCAGCGCAUCCACACCAAGACGCCCAGCGAGGACGGCGACAGGGACGCCCCCACGCCCGCCGAAGCCUGCCCGCCCUCCGAGACUGAGAGCGAGUGCGCCAAAGACUUGGAUGAGGCCCGAGCCUCCGAUCCGGAGCCCGUCGGAGGCGAGACCGCCGGAGGCGAGCGCGCCGGAGGUGAGCCCGCCGGAGGCGAGCCCGUCGGAGGCGAGCCCGUCCAGGCCACACCCGAGGAAACACCUGAACUUGGUGCCACACCCGAGGAAACACCUGAACUUGGUGCAACCCCUCUGGAGGACACGCCUCCCGGCCAAUCGGCCUCCGGCGCGGUGUCGGAUUCCAACGUUUCCAAAGAGCUCCCUGGCCAAGCUUUGUUUCAAGGCCUGUUGGAGCUCCGAGCCCCGCCGACUCUGGAUCACACGCUGGCCAAUGGAGAGCCUCCCCUGGUGGGCGUGGACUGAGCGUGUGCAAGACGCCGUAACAUUAACAAGUGCCUUACUACUCAUCUUUUUAUAGCUUUUUAACUUUGUUUUGUCAGCAAGAAGAUCAAGAUGGCCGACACGUGUCACGUGACACUUCUUGUAACUGGAAAAGAUGACGGACGGACAAACUGCCGCCGCCACACCUCAGCUUGUGUGCGAGGACUUCUCAGUUGACUUUUGUUGUUUGACUUUUUGGUGUUGGGUUUUUUUUUUUAGUCUGGAAGUGAACAAAUGAAAUUGUAGUUAGUUUGUUUUGUGUGUCUGUGCGCGUGAUCGAUCGCCCUGUGUCGUUGGCGCUAAUCCGGGUCCAAAUUACCUCAACACUGUCAAUCAUGUCUUCCUGUGCGCUAGCGAGUUGGCUGAUUGUUAGCCGGCACAACUGAGCGCAGCUAGCGCUUGUGCGUCCGCUCAUUCACUUUGGCUACGCUGGUCCGUUUCGUGCAAUUGGCCUCAGCGCACAAAAAGUGAUUAGCUUUAGCAUUUAGCUCGGCCUCGCCUCGGCUUCAUGAGGGUUAACACUACUUCUCCGCGGCCUUCUAACGCUGACCAGCGAGCGCUAACACAUCAGUAGAACACAACACGUGACAACUGUUAACUUAGCUCAGACUUGACAUUGCUAAUUGAGCAAAGCAGGCCAGGUAACAAGCUAAGACGGCAGGCUAAGCGAGUCUGCUAUAAGUAUUUACGUGUUUGCCACAAAACAGCGCUAACAAGACUUCUCCCCGGUAAAACAUUUGAGUCCACAUUAAUAAGCAUGACUUCUUCAAUUUCAAACUCUUUGUUUUGUAAGUGGCGUCUAAGACAAUCAAAUGCAUGUGGGGAGAAAAAAACUUUCUGGGAUGAAAGUUACUAACACUAGCAUGUGUCACUGGAUUCAACUUGACGUUUUGUUAAGUGGGGGUGGGGCUCUUUAGUACGUUUUGCCUCAAAAUGUCAUCAUGACUUCACUGCUCCAACUGGAUGGACACUACUAACUACUACUAGCCUUACUAUACUAGUACUACUACAGAGAGUACAUCUACUCUAAUAGUACUGCUUGCAUAUUUGGACAUGGUCAGCACUUGUUUUCAUUGCUGAGUGUCAGUCCAUCCAAAAGGUUUGCCAGUAGCAGCAGGCUAAUGCUAAUCCCCCCCCUCCAAAAAAACACAAAUGACUUAUGCGUGUGCUCAGCCGUGCGUAUCGUUUCUUAAAAGUAUUUAUUUGGCUCCCGGGUGUGCGCGCGUGUGCACGUGUGGAUGUUCUGCCGUGAAGCAAAGUCCAGUCGAGUCAAAUUAAAAAUGCCAAGUUGAGGUUUGAAAGUUUAUUCAAGUCAAUCAAAUGUGAGGCUGAAGAUUGGCAGGCGUACUUUGAAAGUGGUGUCAUCAAGUUGCAACGCGCACACGCAGCUGGCCGGGUUGCAGACGAGCAAUAGAAUAAUCCAAGGAGAAAAAAAAGCUUUAAUCAUCAAAUUGUUCUGUCAAACUGUGAACAUGAACAUUUAUUAUUAUUAUUUUAUGUUUUUUUUUCUCUUCUUCCGGGUGACUUUUUAGGAUAGAUUUUUUUGGGGGGGUUGCAUGUUUAAUCAAAUGUGCUUGAUGAUUUCUACACACACAUACACACGUCAUUAAUUAAACAAAUGAUGAUGCUCUCAGGGUUCUUCUCAAAUUGUUUUUGUUUUGCUUCCUGAGAUGCAAACUUUGAUUUCGGAGUUCAUGUCGACUGUCAAUCAAUCACGCCAGCACUUGACUGUGAACACACAUAUACACGCAACAAGUGGAAGAAGUCAUCAAUGAAAAGUCAAAAUAAAGGUUGAAAACGCCGCCGACGCCUUA